UCUGCUGUUAGCACAGGGAAAGCAAAGAGAGAAAGAAUGGCAAGAACCAAGCAGACCGCUCGCAAGUCUACUGGCGGCAAAGCUCCCAGGAAGCAGCUGGCCACCAAGGCCGCUCGUAAGAGCGCCCCGGCCACCGGAGGCGUCAAGAAGCCUCACCGUUAUAGGCCCGGUACCGUGGCUCUGCGUGAGAUCCGCCGUUACCAGAAAUCCACCGAGCUGCUGAUCCGCAAGCUGCCCUUCCAGCGCCUGGUCCGCGAGAUCGCCCAGGACUUCAAGACCGACCUGCGCUUCCAGAGCUCUGCUGUCAUGGCUCUGCAGGAGGCCAGCGAGGCUUACCUGGUCGGACUCUUCGAGGACACCAACCUGUGCGCCAUCCACGCCAAGAGGGUCACCAUCAUGCCCAAAGACAUCCAGCUGGCUCGUCGCAUCCGCGGAGAGAGAGCUUAAGCUACACGCUCUCCUACAAACAACGGCUCUUUUCAGAGCCACCUCACUCACACCAAGAGCUCGCUCCUUUCUUACUGUUAUAUCAAUAUUAUUCUCUACAAACUACAGUCGGCAUCAACAUUGAAUUCACCUAUUUCAGUUACCAAACUCUGAAUUAAUUUGUAGCAUGAACUGUUGCAUUCAUAAACGCC